UUAUUUUUUCUCUUUUCCACCUACAUCGGUUUGUGCCUCACUAGCAAGUCAGUUCACUGCGUGGGGGAGAUCAUACAUUCAUUAACGAGAAUAAAAAAAAAUUAAAAAGUCUCAGAGCAGGCUCUUAAAAAUUAAAAAGGAGAAGUCAACAUCAAUAUCAACCCCAUACAUUAAACCAGAUACCCUGAUUGUAGUUGGAUAUGACCCAACAACGCUACCAACGGCUCGAUGGCUCACAGCCCAUGCACCCUCCUCUAUACGACGAGAUCCAGCCGACCCCGCCGAUGGAGCAGUUUGAAAUAGAAGACGGAGAAUCAUCGUCAAAUCUCCAUCUGUCGAAUACGCGCCACCGUUUACUUGGUAGAGCAUCACUGAUCACCAAGAAAUUUGCAUCUAAUAUCAACCGAGGAGUGAUCCGCCCGGUCACACAGAUGAUAGACCCAAUCUACGAGGGAUACAAAUACUUCAACAUGCAAUACGAACAAGCUAUUUUGAAAUUAGGUAACCCCCUUGUGGUGAAACGUCUUCUUUACGUGUUUUUCAUAAUGCUGUUCAUUUUCUUUCUUACCAAGUAUAACGUGGAUGGCAGCGGACAAAGUUCUGGCGGAGCCUUCUCGCUGGGGAAACUCUAUGACAUUGAAAAACUUGCCGAAUCGUUUGAAUCCAUGGUUGAUGUCAAGACCAUGAAAGAGCAUUUGGAAUAUUUUCUGUCGAUGCCUCACUUAGCUGGGACUAAGGGAGACUUGGCUUUGGCCCGCUACAUGGAGUCGUAUAUGAAAAACAAUGGGAUACGGACCAUUGACUUUAAUGAAAUUGGAAGCUUUGUGAAUUAUCCUUCCAAUUAUGAUCAUACUUAUGUUCGAUUGAAUGAUGGGUCAUUCCAAGCACAACUACUGGAGAAGCCCGAAGGAGCGGCCAAUGAUGCCAUGCAGUAUCAUUCGUAUAAUCCAAAUGCAAUGAAUACCAAUGGAGAGAUCCGCGGUCAAUACAUCUAUGCCAAUUAUGGUACCGAAGAAGAUUUCCAGAAAUUGAAAGAUGGUGCCAUUGAUUUGGCAGAGAAGAUAUUAUUGGUGAGAUAUGGAGGUUCUAUCCCCAACUCUAACAAGGUAAAAUUAGGGAAAAAAUACGGAGCAGCUGCGAUUAUUUUCAUUUCGAAUUCGUUUGAAACUGGUGAUGGUGUGGUACAUGAUGAUAUUAUUGAAAGAGUCAAUGUAGGACUUGAAAGAUUCAGUACUGGAGACGUACUCACCCCUGGCUGGUCUUCAGGAGAAGGAUACGUUAUCAGAUUGCCUUGGUUCAAAAGUGAAACCACUGCCAAGAUUCCAACAGUACCUAUUUCUUAUAAAGAUGGACAAGAACUCUUGAAGAGACUCAAAAAGGGAGUUAAAUUUGGAAAGCAAUAUUCUGGAGCGUCUGAAGAAAUUCAGAUUGCUAUGAAGAUUACCAACGAACAACGGGAAGUGCAUCCGAUUUGGAAUGUGGUUGGUUCCAUUGAAGGACGCGAACAACCUGAAAAGGGCCUUAUUAUUGGUGCAUCCAGAGAUUCGACGUGUUUUGGCACCAUGGGUACCAACACAGGGCUGGUUAUAUUGAUGGAGUUGAUUAAGAUUUUUACUGCUCUCCAAAGGAAAUUCAAUUGGUCCCCUUCGAGAUCAAUUUAUUUUGCUUCAUUCGAUGGUUCAGAGUAUAACUUGGCUGGACUGACAGAAUGGAUUGAGAGUAGACAAGAGCAAUUGAAAAGACAAGGCUUUGCAUACAUUGAUUUGAGUGAUUUAGUCACGGGUGAUAUUCUUGAAGUGAAAUCACAUCCAUUCUUAAAGAAAAUGAUUAAAGAUGUAUUGGGGAAAGUGAGCAAUGGAGACUCUAAAUCUCUCUUGGAUUUAUUGAAAUCUCAAAAUUCUGGGAAUGAAUUUAUAUCCAAUAACUUUGUAGAACUGAAGAAUUACAUCCCAUUUAUCAAUCUUCUUAACAUUCCUGCCAUUGAAGUGAAGUUUUCAGGAACAAAACCGUAUCCUAAGAGUUCUUGUAUGGAUAAUUUCCAACAUUUUGAAAAGGCUAAAAUUGACCCUGAUAUGAAGAAUCAUAAACUUAUAGUUCAAGUUUUGUCGAGAUUGAUUUUGGAAUUAGCAGAACAACCAUUGAUCCCAUACAAUAUUAAUGAUUUGGCUACUGAUAUGAUGUCAUAUAUUAAGGAUAUUGAGAAUUAUACUAAUGAGGUGUUUGGAAAUGAUGAGAAGUCCGACAAACCAGCAAUGGAAUUUGUAAGGUUAGAAAAUUCAAUCCAGACCCUCAUGUCAGCAGCAGAAAGAUUUCAACAAUGGAGCUCCCGUUGGAAGCUGUUUGUUGUUGAAUCUGGUGAUGUUGAGCCAUCUCUUUUGGCAAUGAAUAGAUGGAAAGAGAACGACAAUUUGGUUGACUUUAAUUCUAAGUUUAUUAGUGAUUAUCCACAAAAAUACCGUCCUGGAUAUGUGAACCUUUUGUUUGGAGUUUCAUUCGGGGCACCUGAAAGUGUCGAAAAGGGUGAUACUAGACAAUGGAAUACAUUCCCAAGUAUUAGGGACUACCUUGAUACCAAACAAUAUACAAGAGCGCUGAAUGAUUUGAGAACAUUAAGUAACUUAAUGGAGGAAGCUGCCUCGGAGAUAUUGAGACCCUGAUCAUUUAUGUAUAUAGAAAAUAGUACACCAAGAAAUAAUACUUAUGUCU